AUGUCAGGCAAAUACGCCUUCACCAAGGCGCUCAAGGAGCUGCGCUUCCACCACUGCCAGACUAGCGAACACUCGAAUGCGCUCCGAUCCUUCUUGACACGCGCAUAUCCCACAAUGAAGAAGAACAACCCACACACGCCCAUCAUGCUCCGAGAGGCAUUGGGCAUCGAGCCACGAGUGUUCGCGCGAUAUGAGUUUGGACGAGAAAAAAUGGUGGAAUUGAAAGGACUGGACGACAAGGGCAUCGAGGAUAAGAUCACGUCUCUGGUGAGCGAGCAAUAG